AUCUCCCUUAUUCCAAGAUGUCUGCGCCCAUGGAAAGCACACCGACAGUUGUUAAAGCUGCUGUUAAUAGGAAGAUUAUCAAAGGCAAUGUUCCAAGACGUGCUGCUCACCAGAUUCCUGAUGAUAUUCUCAAUGAUGUAAAACUACAGGAAGCAGUCAAGCAGCUACCAGAUAACUACAAUUUUGAGAUAUUCAAGACAGUCUGGAGAAUAAGGACAACACAAGCCAAGAGAGUGGCGCUCCAGUUUCCCGAGGGGUUGUUACUGUUUGCCUGUACAAUUGCUGACAUCAUUGAGGAAUUUACUGAGGCAGACACGCUGAUCAUGGGUGAUGUGACGUAUGGAGCGUGCUGUGUUGAUGACUUUACUGCCAGAGCUUUGGGAGCAGAACUUAUGAUCCACUAUGGUCACAGCUGUCUCGUACCGAUAGACAGGACUGAUGGGAUACAGAUGCUGUAUGUCUUUGUUGACAUCAAGAUUGACACAGCUCACUUCCUGGACACGAUUCGUCACAACUUCUCACCUGGUUCUCACCUAGCCUUCGUUAGUACCAUUCAGUUUGUGGCAGCUAUACAGUCUUCAGGAAACGAGUUGAAGACUGAUUACCAAGUCACUAUUCCUCAGUCCAAACCUUUGUCUCCGGGGGAAAUUCUUGGGUGUACAUCUCCGAAACUACCACCAGGUGUCGCUGCUCUCAUUUACCUAGGAGACGGCAGGUUUCACCUUGAGAGUAUCAUGAUCAGUAAUCCAGAGGUUCCGGCAUACAGGUACGAUCCCUACAGUAAGAUAUUCUCCAGAGAAUACUAUGAGACGGAGAAGAUGCAUGCAGUAAGGAAACAGGCAAUAUCUCGUGCAGCAGGAUGUGGAAAAUUUGGAGUGAUACUUGGCACACUGGGUCGUCAAGGAUCACCAAAGAUUUUACAGUCUAUCCUGCAGAAACUGGAAGAAAAGGGCAAAGAGAACAUUUUAGUGUUAUUGUCAGAAGUAUUUCCACAGAAGUUACAGCUUUUUCAAGGAGUUGAUGCUUGGGUACAAGUGGCCUGUCCUAGGUUGUCUAUUGACUGGGGUCUUGCCUUUAACAAGCCUUUACUGACACCCUAUGAGUUGUCAGUUGCUAUGGAUUCCAUAAAAUGGCAGACAACAUACCCCAUGGACUUCUAUGCGAAUGACAGCCUAGGAUCAUGGACAGUCAACAAUGAAGCUCAUCGCCCUAUACGUCAGAAACCACGAUCCACCAAACAAACAGUUGCUAAGGUUACAAACCCGGCUUCCAAUGAAAACCAGGGUCAUAUAUCUAGUGAUUAUCUUACCAAAGAGGGGCAGAUAACUCCUGCUAGUUGUGUGUGUUCAGGACACAGCAGUAAUGUGACUGACAGGGAAGACAUUACCGGUAGUGGAUGUAACAAUACAAGUCAAUGUUGUAUUGAGGGUCAAAGUUCAAAACUGGGAAGCAAAGUAUGCAGUGAUGCAGGAACAUAAUUUGUGCGAAUGUGAUUGGUUAAUGUUUUAAAUGUGAUAAAUAAAUUAAGUUAUAUGG